GCCUGCGAUAAAUGGGGCUGGCGGAGCCUUGUCUCUGAGUGCAGCGCAGUGAGUGAGCUGGUGCACUGUUUCAGUUCGUUUGUGUAGCAGCUUCCCCCUCCCAAGUCCCUCUCCAACAUCAUGUCAGCGAGUUCGCGAACGCGCACCACCUUCAGCAGCGGCGGGGGCCGCUUGAGACCGACGCAGUCUUCAAUGAGCAUGUAUCAGUUUUCAUCCAGACCGUCCAUCUCCACCUCGGCCAUCAGCAUGGCCGGAGGGGGGUUGUCGGCUUAUGGGAGAGGUUACGGGGGAGGGCUCGGCGCAGGUUACGGGGGAGGGCUCGGCGCAGGUUACGGGGGAGGGCUCGUCGGGGUGUCUUCUGGCAGCGCGAUGUUGCUGGGCUCCAGCACCCUGGUUGAUGAGAAGAACACGCUGCAGAAUCUGAACGAGCGCCUGGCCUCUUUCCUGAGCCGGGUCAAGUCACUGGAGGAUUGCAACAAGGACCUGGAGAGGCAGAUCCGAGAGUUCGGCACCAGAAGCAUCGAGGGCUUUGACUGGUCCAUCUACGAGAAGACCGUCAAACCCAUCCAGCAGCAGAUCCUUGAGGCCACAUUGCAGAAUUCCCGCAUUGCAUUGGAGAUCGAUAACGCUAAACUGGCAGCUGAAGACUUCAAGAACAAGUGGGAUUCGGAGCAGAUGCUGAGACUGUCUGUGGAGAAUGAUAUUGAUGGACUGCGCCAACUGAAGGACACAUACAUGCAGUUACAGUCUAGUCUGGUUGAUGAGAUUGCUGGUCUGGAGGACGAGAUUGCCUUCAUGAAGAAGGAUCAUGAAGAGCAACUGAGGGUCCUGCGACAGCAGAAGACUGCAGAAAUUGAUGUCGAAGUCGACUCAGCUCCUUCCAUUGACCUGUCUGCGAAACUACAGGAAAUGCGCGAAACCUACGCCAAGCUUGCAGACCAGAAUAAAAAGGAUUUAGACAAUUGGUACCAGGAGCAGGUACAGAUUCAAGUCACACAGACGACACAGGCUAACCAGGCUUGUCAAGGGGUGAAAGCAGAGCUUGCUGAAUACCGUAAUCAGUUACAGAUCCUGGAAACUGAGCAUAGCUCCUUGCUCGGCUCACUGAAAGGCCUGGAGAACAACCUAAUGAAUAUUGAGGCCAGAUAUGACAUGGAACUGCAGGGACUACAGUGUAGAAUCGCACAGCUGGAGGGAGAGCUGGGACAGAUCAGAAACAACAUCCUUCAGCAGACGCAGGAGUACGAGAAGCUGCUUAACAUGAAGAUGAAUCUGGAGACUGAGAUUCAGCAGUACAGGCGCCUGCUGGGCGGGGGCGGUGAAAGCCUGGGGAGUGUUGGAAUGUCUUUCUCGUCAUUGGGCGGGAAGAGCACCGGAGGUACCACUACAAUUAUCACCACCACCAAGACAGAAAAAGAAAAGUUUUGAAUUCCGUGGCAUCUCCCUGGAAGCCCAACACAACUCUUAGCAGCUCACGUGGUUUCUGCUGGAGUCUUGAGAAUGUGGGCUAUUUGAUUGCGACGUUCCUCCCUCAUGGAUUCCUGCCUUCACAUUUAUCUUCCUGAUGUUCUUGUUAUUAACUGAAUUUCCUGCAAUGCCCACGCACCUUUGCAGAAUUGCCCCACUUUCUGACCAAACACUUGGACCUCCCAUGGAGCUUGGAGCCAAUCUCCAUCAGUCUCUGUCAUUUCCUUUAUCAUUUUGAGAUGGGGCCCACACCUACCAUGUUUAAGGUGCGACCACUCAACACCAGCAGAUGAGCUGCUGUCUCCUCUCUGGGCCUCACCUGUCCCGGUGAGCAGCUUCACACCCUUGAGAAUCGCUCCAGCUUUGUGUCAGCUCCUGCUCUAGGUUGUUCUGUGUCUGUAUUCACGUGUUUACUUUCUGUUUAAAACUGAGAAAUAAAUGUCUUUCUGAUCUCACAGCAAA